AAAGUCAUCAAGGCUCAGCCGUCUUGUUCCGUCUCCAGAGCUCCAUUCUUGUCCGCGUAUUUCUGCUCCAAAAGCCGCCAUGAAACUUUCUAAAUUGUCGCGAAAGAUGCUCGAUCACCACCGGGCGGCUGGUCGCACCAAGCCGUUCGCCUUUGCCGUGAUAACUCUCGCCGCCGUUUCCUUGAUUGUCUACUCGGAAACCACCAUGUCGGAUGUCUCCCUGCACUUGCUUCCCUUCAACAAAGCAGCCGUGGACCAGCAAGAGGCUCGAAUGCCCGAAUCUGUGAUCCAUCCAUUGGCCGUUGUCCGCUCCUUGCAACUCCAAUCCAUCCACGAGGAGUUCGGCGAGGCCGACAAUAAGGAUGAUCCCGAAGAUCAUUCGUCAUACCCUCUUGUCCCUCCGCUCAAUGUCACAGAAGAGGAGAGAAUACGGUGGCUGCGCGAAAACCUGGUGAAUUUCGUCAUACUCAAGUCCGACAACACAACCCGGAAGUUCCAUUCCCGUGUCGUGAGGUUCCUCGGCCAAAGAUGCUUGUCGCAGUUCUUCAUGACGUGGAUUUCUCCAGUGAGCUCCUUUGGGAGCAGGGAGCUCCUUGGCAUCGAGAGCCUCUUCCGAGCACAUCCAAAGGGAUGCCUAGUGAUCGUGUCGAGGACGAUGGACUCAAGAAGAGGGCGCAAGAUCCUGAAACCCGUGACUGACCUUGGGUUCAAGGUCCUGGCAGCGACCCCGGACUUGCCCCAGCUGCUCAGGAAGACCCCGGCCGAAGCCUGGUUUGACGACCUGAGGAAAGGCAACAAAGACCCUGGCGAAAUCCCCUUAGCGCAGAACCUCUCCAACCUCAUAAGGCUCGCCGUCCUGUACAGAUAUGGCGGCGUCUACUUGGACACGGACUUUGUAAUCCUGAAAGACAUAAGUUCAUUGCGGAAUUGCAUCGGAGCGCAGAGCGUGGACCUCGUCUCGGGGAACUGGUCGAGACUAAACAAUGCGGCCAUGGUGUUCGACAGACGCCAUCCGCUGUUGUACAAGUUCAUUCAGGAGUUUGCUCUAACGUUUGAUGGGAACAAGUGGGGUCACAACGGGCCAUACUUGGUGUCCCGGGUCGUGGAGAGAGUGAAAUCGAAAACCGGAUACAGAGGCAGGUUCAGCGUGAUGUCUCCGAUGGCUUUUUAUCCGGUCGGGUGGACCCAUAUCGGCGGCCUAUUCAAGAGCCCCGAGAACAGAGGCGACGCGAGGUGGGUCGAGGCCAAGAUCGCUCAGCUGAGUCGGGACACUUACGGGGUUCAUCUGUGGAACAAGCAGAGCAGGGGACUGAGGAUUGAAGAGGGAAGUGUGGUGGCGAGGUUGAUCUCGGACAACUGCGUGAUUUGCCGGAGCAUUUAUAGCUCUUGACCCGUCAUCUGGGUCUGAACAUAGCAAAUUUCAGUUUGAAUGAUUGAUUCCUCAUCAAUCAUCAUCUGCACCAAACUAAAGGCUGAAGCUUUUUGGUGCCUUUAGCAAAAGCCAUCGGCACCACCAGAAUUUUCUUUUUCCCCUUUCCUUUCCUCUUUUCGACUAUUUUUUAUUGUUCUUUC